AUUCGACCAGCGUCCGCAUUCUGCAACUUUCUACCAACUCCUACUUCACCCACCAGUGCGCCCAGCGUACGCUAUGGUCCACAGUGGCGGGAAGCCGAUGUUGGCGCGCAUCGCCGUUCUCUACGUCGAGGAGCAGCUCCUUGGCUUUCAGAAGCGCUUCUGCGACGGCGGCUAUGUGCUGUACCAAUGGCUGGAGCGCACCGCGCCGGACGGCUACUUCGACUUGAUGGACCUCGAUCCGUUCAGGAUUGUGGAUGGGGAGUACCCCGAGGAGGUGGAUGAGUAUACGGCGAUCAUCGUUAGCGGACCGGCGCACGGCGACUUUGUGAAGGCAGAGUGGAUUCCCAAGCUUGUCCAGUUUGUCCGAGAUGUCGCGGAGGACCACCCAGGUGUCAAGCUCAUCGGACUCGGCCUUGGACACAACAUCUUCGCUGCUGCCUUCGGCCAGAACGCCGAACCUCGCGGCUGGGAGCUGGGCCCGUACAGCGUCACGCUCACAGAAGUCGGCCGGUCCGUCUUCGGCCGUGACUCCAUGGUCCUCCAGAUGAUUCACCAAGACCACGCGUUCCUCCCAGACCUGACCGAGCGCCUGCGCGCCAUCGGCGGGCACCCCUCUACGAAAUCCGCCCCAUUCCACACGUGGGGGUACACCGCCAACGCGCCCGUGCAGGGCCUCUUCCGCUUCUCGGAGAACUACAACCCGGGCUCGUUCUGCUCCCCGGACGAGCUAUACGCCAACCUGCGUGUGGUGACGUGUCUCGCGCGCCCGGGGCACUCGGGCGAGAUGAUGACGCAGAUGAUCGGGGAGCUCGCCGGGUGCAACGCGGUCCCGGGCGAGGCCCUGGACGAGGCGGGCGAGCGAUGGGAGCGGGGUAAGGAUCAUGACGAUGAUCUGGAUUGUGUGCAUAGCGUGUGGUUUGGAGAGACGAUUUGGGCUGUGAUGCUUACUGAUCGUCUUGUGCGCAAGGUGCGCGUUGAUUGGGAGCCGGGCCAGCAACGAGUGUACGUCAUUUAG